GAGAUUGCCAGUUAAAUUAUCUCUGGAAGCUGAGAGGCUGCAGUCCAAGAGAUUAUAGAGCUGUUGUAUCACUGGGCUGAAUGGACUGAUGUUCUGAUUCAAUACAAGACAGCUUUAUAUGUCCUCCAUAUACCACUUACGACAUAUAUGGAGCAAAACAAAACAAAGCAAAACAUAAAUAGCAAGCCUGGAGGACCUUAUUUUUUUGUAAGGAGAGGGAAAGAAGUCUGCUAUGACAGGCUGGGCUGCUUUUCAGAUGACAUACCAUGGUCUGGUACUGAAGAAAGACCAAUUGCAAAGUUACCUUGGACACCAGAGAGGAUAAACACUCGUUUCCUUCUCUAUACAAAGCAAAACCCAAAUAAUUUCCAGGAAAUAACUGCGAUCAAUCCAGAAACUAUUGAUCAUUCAAACUUUAAUGCAAGCAAGAUAACGCGUUUUAUUACCCAUGGAUUUGUAGACCAAGGCGAAGAAACCUGGCUGUCAGACAUGUGCAAGAGGAUGUUUGAAGUGGAAGAUGUGAACUGUAUCUGCAUAGACUGGAGUAGUGGUUCCAGAUGUUCAUACACCCAAGCAUCAAACAAUAUCCGUGUGGUGGGAGCCGAAGUGGCUUAUUUUACAGAUGUCCUUAAGACAAAGUAUGGAUACUCGCCUUCAAUGGUACAUUUCAUUGGCCACAGCCUUGGAGCACAUGCAGCUGGCGAGAUGGGGAGAAGAGUACCAGGAGUUAGAAGAAUAACUGGACUGGAUCCAGCUCAACCGUAUUUCCAAGGCACACCAAUUCUGGUCAGAUUGGAUAAAAGUGAUGCUAAUUUUGUUGAUGUUAUUCAUACCGAUUCAGCUCCAACCAUUCCAUACCUGGGCUUUGGAAUAAGGCAAGCUGUGGGGCACCUUGAUUUUUAUCCAAAUGGAGGAGAAUUCAUGCCAGGAUGUAAGAAGAAUGCCUUAUCACAAAUAGUGGACAUUGAUGGAAUCUGGGAAGGAACCCGUGACUUUGUGGCCUGUAACCAUUUGCGGAGCUAUAAGUAUUAUUCAGAGAGCAUUAUCUCUCCAGAUGGAUUUUUGGGCUAUCCCUGUGCUGCAUACAACUUAUUUGAAACAGACUGCUUCCCAUGUCCCAAAGGUGGAUGCCCUAAAAUGGGUCACUUUGCAGAUGAAUUUAAAGACAAAAUCACCUCUGACUUUCAGAAGCUUUAUUUGAAUACUGGAGAUGCCAAGAACUUUACUCGUUGGAGGUACAAAGUAUCAGUCACACUUUCUGGAAAGAGCAAUAACAGGGGAUACAUAAAUAUUGCAUUGUACGGAUCUGGAAGAAACACAAAACAAUAUGAAAUUUUCAGGGGAAAGCUUGAACCUGAUGGGGUUUAUACCACGUUAAUUGAUGUAGCACAACAUGUUGGACCAGUUACUCACGUUAAAUUUCUUUGGGACAACAAUCUCAUAAACCCCACUUUGCCCAAAAUGGGAGCAGCAAAGAUUACAGUACAAGAUGGAGAAGAUGGGCAUGUGUACAAUUUUUGUGGCAGUGAAACUGUGAGAAAAGGCGUUCUGCAAACACUUACACCUUGCUGAUAAUAUGAAAACACUGCAAAGUUGCUCAUCUUAAUAAAAGGUCAUACUAC